UAUUACCAAAGAUCCAAAAACAAGUAAUUUUGUGAUGGUGAUGGAAUUAAUAGAUGGUAGUUUAAGACAAUAUUUAAACAACAACUUUAUUUCACUGGAUUGGGAGCAAAAGUUGGUGAAUUUGCAAGGUAUUGCACGAGGUCUUAAAAAUAUUCAUAAUAAAGGAUUAAUUCAUCAUGAUUUUCAUUGUGGAAAUAUAUUAAGCAAUUUUGAUGGAUACAUUUGUAUUACUGAUUUGGGAUUAUGUCAACCGGCAAAUGUCAAAUCCUCUCAAAAUAGUAAUAAAAAAAUAUAUGGAGUAUUACCUUAUGUAGCUCCAGAAGUUUUAAGAGGAAAAGAAUAUACUCAAGAGAGUGAUAUUUAUGGAUUUGGAAUCAUUGCAUAUGAAAUUUGUACAGGAUUGCUUCUUUAUCAUGAUAUACCUCAUGAUGAGUUCUUAGCUAUAAAAAUUUGUCAUGGGUUGAGACCGAAUUGUGAUUAUAAAAUCCCUCAAUUAAUUAUUGACAUAAUUAAUCAAUGUUGGGAUGCAGACCCUUUAAAACGACCCAAUGCAAAUGAAUUAUAUAAGUCAAUAUGGAAAUUAUAUGAAGAUAUUAUUAGCGACAAUAAAGUGGAUUCUGUAAUUUAUAAGCAAGUUGAAGAAGCAGAUGAAACCAAUAAGAAGUCAUCUUUUUCAGUUCAAUCACCAAUAUCAUCUGCAAGUACACUCUCAUAUAUGACACAUCCUCAAGCAGUUUACACAAGUAGACUUUUAAAUUUUAAAGAUCUUCCAGAACCCAUAAAUGCUGACAAUGAUGAUUUAGAAUAUUCAGAUUCUACAAGAAUAGAUCUUACUAAACUUGAUAUUAAUUCUGAAGACAAGUGAAAGCGGCAAAAUGAAAAUUUUUAUCUCUAGAAGAUUGAAUAAUGAUCCAGACAUGAUAAGGGAUUUGAUCAAGCAGUAAGUAAUUUAAUCAAAUCAUGUUCUAUUGAUAAAUUAUUCUUGGAUGGAAGUAUAGUAAUAAGAGGCUGCAUUUACAUAAUCCUUUAGCAGUUGUAUUU